UACACUUGUGAUGACACUUCAUUCUCCCAGAAAUUUGGCGCGUUUGGCGUCUUUAUAAUUAUUGCGUGCCUGCCCCGCCCAAUCAAACGCUGCCGCAGGAUUCCAGUAGUUAAAUCCGCCAGUGAACAUCGUCCUGUGUUUCCGCGGCAUCCGUGGAAGGCAUCAUUGAAAAGUGAUCGCCGAUUUGUGCGAGGGCAGUUCCCCGAAGCGCCGAGAGCCGAUGUUGUGUGCAUUUGCUCUGCUUGGUCGCAACUCACUGGGUGUGGGAUGGUGUCAAGACCCAUCCCCGGAAUCUAAUGUGGUGCUGCGUAGCACGGUUCUGCAUUCGAUUGCGGAGCGGCAUUCGCUGCAGGCACUUUUAACACUUUUACGGCGCCGAGCCAGCCACGACCGUUUUCCAAUCGAAGGGUUCCGUGACGGGCACCAGCAUUGCGGUGGUGGUGGUCAGCAAGUUUCCAUGGCACACCGUCCAACCAAUCCAUGGACGUUGGCCCUGGGCUUACAGCGCUUUACUCCGUACACCAUAUUGUUUUCAAUGCGUAUUAACAAUGUACGAAGUACUUAAUCUGCAACCUUAACCAAGCAGCAAAUCUAAUUAGCUCGUUGGGCACAUGAGACGGAAGUGUCUGGUCAGCCCUAUGAGUGUCCAUCGUGUUCAAUCUCUGGU